AUGUCUCUAUCAGAUAAACAAAACAACAGCACGGCAGGCAAACCGUUUGUCCCACAGACUGGCCCUGCCUUUAGAACCGCCAGAUCUCCGCUGACACCGAAGUUGGCUGGCUUCAAUUCUCAUCUACCUCGCAAACUCGCCCACUUUGACUCUCCUAGCCCGAGCAAUGCCCGCACCCCUGAGGCAUCGACCCCCAACUCCUCCGCCAUCAAUAACGCGAAUAUAACUCCUCGAUCGGGCCAGAGGAAGGCUCGAAAGGAUGGAAACCUAUCUCCGGCUGCAAUCACCCCUCCUCCGGGCCAUCUGGCUCCCCGUCUAGCCAACCCGGGGGGCUCAAAGGGGAAUCAUCACACAGAGACGUCACCCAGCCCCCGUGAACACACCAGUAUAAAUUUGCGAAUCUCAAGGGCAAAGAGCAUAGGAAGUGAACCUUACGGUUACCUGCCAAACAACCGGCCAGCAUCAUCGUGCGGUAGUUCUGUCGGUACUCCAAUGUUCUUUCAUGCAGAUGACGCCCGGUCGUCGACAUCCGGUCAAGAUACGGAAUCAAAGCCCCAACCACCGCCAAAUCCAUAUCUAGCCCCAAAAACAUUCAUCUACGCUGAUGGAAGAACAGAGGGCCCUACGAGCUCAGCUGAACCCUCAUACAAACCUUCGGCACCGGUAAAGAAACCGGCACACUCACAACAAACCCCUAUAAAACCGUCAGAGUUAUUCCUCUCUCCUCGACUUCAAGACACCACUCCAUCAGCGCCCCAACCUAGACAGUUUACAGGCAAUGCAACAGACCAACAUGUCUUUAACCCGAAACUUGUGCCGGCACAAGAAAAGGCUUUUCCUCAGAUGUCCAAUAUCACCGGCCAUAGUGACCCUAUAUCGGAGGGCCCCCGCAGAUUCGGUCAUGUAAAAUCCCCUAGUUGCGACUCAACACAGACUGCUGGCCGAAAACACUCCUUUCUCGCCAGUCCACUGAUACACCGUCCUACGCACGCACAAGAUGGUGCAAGCCUCGCCGCGAGUGAAUCGGCCGAGCAGAGCCCUAGAAUUUCACAUAACCCGUCAUCUUCAUCUGAGGAUAUAUCACAACAUCUUUUUCCACGAGCCCCAAGUCCAUCCAAAGACGAUAGUAAUGAACUACAGAGAAUGAAUGAGCUAGCUGCCAACGCAAGGCGGGAGCGAAAAGUGUUAGACCUAGAAAUCAGCAACUCGUCCCUACUGGCCAUAAAUCGGGCUCUAGAACGAGAAAUGCGAAAACAGAAUGCAGAACUCCGCCGUUUCCGUCGCUUGAGCCGCUCAGGAAGGCUGUCCAUGACAUCAACUCGUCGGUCAGUAUCAGGAGGAGCGCUUUCAAUACUCAGUGAAGCAGACGGAGACGAUACAGAUGGCCAUUCAACCUCCCGUAUGUCAUCUGGCUACUCGGGUGACGAGUUAACCGGCACAGAUGAUGAAGUGGACCCCUCGAGCUCAGAGGAUGACAAUAUGAGCUCUGGUUGUGUGGCAGAGCACGACGAGAAGCACCGAGCCAAAGACGAAAGCCGGCUACUCCUCGAUCUUUCCAGACAUCAACAAUUACUUAUUGAUAGCCAGAAGAUGAACCAAAGCAUCAAACGCUGCCUUGGAUGGACAGAGAAUUUGAUAUCCGAAGCCAAGAAGGCGCUAGAAUAUAGCGUCCAUGUGAGCGACAUAGAAGUUGGCGGCCGGGUUCUUGGUCCUGACGAGUUUGAUGUCGAUUAUUUCAGUAAUAGCCGGGGCCUUUUAAGCCCUACUAUGGCAAUGCCUUCUUCUGGUAUGCCGUCUUUCAAAGGACAUGAGGCGUUUGAAUCACCUCCCUCUAUACCCCAUAGAGAUACAAGUGAUCUGCCAUUACCUACCGGAGAGACAUAA